UCUUUCGCUUGGAGAUUUUGCAAUGAGAGGACGUGCAAAGGCAACUUUUUAGACUGCAUUCGUCUGGAUUAUCAUCGCGGGUUUAAUUUUUUUUAUUUUGCGAUUUCCUGCACGAAGUGCUCUCAGAUAUUUGAUAACUGUUUUCACUCAUCAGCACAAUGUUUAUAAGGACAGUUAUUCUCACGAAUUUGCUAAUUGCUCAUUGUGACAUUGUUCUUUCAAUGCAGAGUGAAUUUUGCUUCCCUGCACGUCUUGAUCAACCUCAUUUAGGGAAUAAUAAUUUUGUUAAAAACGACAGGGAGACACUUCCUCAAAACAUUCUUAUCAAAAUUAGAGCAUUUGAGCAGGAUUUUGUUCUCGAUUUGCAUCCAGAUUCAAGUUUCAUUGCGCCGACUGUCACCGCGCAAAGCGAUGUUGAGAGCGCAGAGCUGAGCCGGUGUUUCUAUUCCGGUGAUGUCAACUCUGAGCGGUAUUCUUACGCAGCAGUUAGUCUCUGCAACGGCUUGCAUGGUGCUUUUGGCUACAAUGGCUGGGAAUAUUUUAUCAAACCUGCGAUGAAUGACACGUCUACGGGAAUCUACUGGAGAGAUGAGAGAGCGCAUGUUAUCCGACGUCGGACCAACGCGAAUCUCAGUGGCAACUCCACAUCCAGGUGCGCGGUGGACUCUGCCUUGAACCAGGAUGCAACGCAAUCACUGGAGAAAUACAAGCACUUAAAGGAUCUUAAUGUGCACAAUAUGACUGAAACUGUGCUGAAGAGCCGGUCGAAACGAUUUGCCUCUAUUCCGAGAUAUGUCGAGACACUGGUUGUUGCCGACGAGUCCAUGGCUAAAUUCCAUGGAGAUGACCUCAAACAUUACCUCCUGACCCUGAUGUCAGUAGCGGCCAGGCUUUACAAGCACCCGAGCAUACUCAACUCCAUCAGCAUCGUAGUUGUCAAGUUUAUUGUGAUUAACGAGGCUGACAAGGGACCUAAGGUUUCUGGGAACGCAGCGAUGACACUGCGUAACUUCUGCACCUGGCAGAAGAAGCUGAACAAAAACAACGAUAAGCACCCAGAGUAUUGGGAUACUGCCAUCCUUUUCACCAAACAGGACCUGUGCGGAGCGUCCACCUGCGAUACGCUGGGCAUGGCCGACGUGGGCACCAUGUGUGACCCCAAGAGGAGCUGCUCUGUGAUUGAAGAUGACGGCCUGCCAUCGGCCUUCACCACCGCCCACGAACUUGGCCACGUCUUCAACAUGCCCCACGACAACGUGAAGGCGUGCGAGGAGGUGUUCGGGAAGCUGAAGGACAACCACAUGAUGUCCCCUACGCUGAUCCAGAUCAACCGCACCAGCCCCUGGUCCCCGUGCAGCGCCGCCAUCAUCACCGACUUCCUGGACAGUGGACACGGUGAGUGCCUGCUCGACCAGCCGCAGAAGCCCCUGGUCUUGCCCGAGGUGCUGCCCGGCGUUUCCUACAGUCUGGACCGCCAGUGCGAGCUGGCCUUUGGCACGGGCUCCAAGCCCUGCCCCUUCAUCGAGACGCCCUGCAACCGGCUGUGGUGCACGGGCAAGACCCGCGGGCAGCUGGUGUGCCAGACGCGCCACUUCCCCUGGGCCGACGGCACGGCCUGCGGCGACGGCAAGCUCUGCCUGCGCGGCGUCUGCACCGAGAAGCAGGACAUCACCAAGAUCAAGGUGGACGGCCGAUGGGGGAAGUGGGGCUCCUUCGGAACGUGCUCCAGGACCUGCGGAGGUGGCGUGCAGCUGGCCAAGAGGGAGUGCAACAACCCGGUGCCUGCCAACGGGGGCAAAUACUGCCAGGGCGUGCGGGUCAAGUACCGCUCCUGCAACCUGACGCCGUGCCCAGACACAGGCAAGAGCUACCGGGAGGAGCAGUGCGAGGCCUUCAACGGCUUCAGCCUCAACACCAACCGUCUGACUCCGUCCGUGGUGUGGGUGCCAAAGUACUCCGGGGUCUCGCCCAAGGACAAGUGCAAGCUCAUCUGCAGGGCCAAUGGCACAGGCUACUUCUAUGUCCUCGCCCCCAAGGUGGUGGAUGGUACGCCCUGCUCCCCAGACUCCUCCUCGGUCUGUGUCCAGGGAAAGUGCAUCAAGGCUGGGUGUGACGGCAAACUGGGCUCCAGCAAGAAAUUCGACAAGUGUGGAAUCUGUGGGGGAGACAACCGAAACUGCAAGAAAGUCUCUGGCCUCUUCACAAAACCCAUACACGGCUAUAACUUCGUGGUCAUGCUUCCGUUGGGCGCCGCCAACGUCGACAUCCGGCAGCGCGGCUACAAGGGCAUGGUGAACGACGACAACUACCUGGCGGUGAAGAACAGCAAAGGCGUGUACCUGCUGAACGGCAACUACGUGGUGUCGGCGGUGGAGAGGGACAUCCUGGUGCGCGGCAGCCUGCUGCGCUACAGCGGCACGGCCGGCCUGUCCGAGACGCUGCAGGCGGUCAAGCCGCUGGGCGAGGCGCUGACGGUGGAGGUGCUCUCGGUGGGCCAGAUGACGCCGCCGCGCAUCCGCUACUCCUUCUACCUGCCGCGCGAGAGCAAGGAGGAGCGCGUGCUGAAGAAGGAGGGCCGCGCGCGCGCCCAGAACAGCGUGCUGGCCGAGGACGGAGGAGGAGUCGACGGCGACGUUCUCAAGGAGAAGCUGUCGCCGGCGUUCACCAAGCAGGAGGCGGCGCCGCCACCGCCGGGCAAGUGGCAGGCCUCGGGCUGGGACGAGUGCUCGGUGUCGUGCGGCGUGGGCUUCCAGCGGCGCAUGGUGCAGUGCCUAGGCGGCGACGGCGGCGGCGGCGGGCCCGGGACGGGGACGGGGACAGACUGCGAGGCGGCCCAGCGGCCCAGCGCGCUCCGCUCCUGCGGGGACCCCUGCCCGGUGUGGGACGUGGGCGACUGGUCCCCCUGCUCCAAGACCUGCGGCAAGGGCUUCAAGCGGCGGCCGCUGCGCUGCACCGCGGGGAGGGGACUGUUGCUGCCGCGCGAGCACUGCGCGGGCCAACGCAAGCCGCAGGAGCUGGACUUCUGUUCACUACGGCCCUGUUAAUGACCUCUACCCCCCCCCCCCCCCUUCCCUUACCCCUACUCCCCCGUCCCCAAACCACCACCACAUAUGGACUUGUCAUUUUGUUAAAUGAUAUAUUCAACAAAAAAAAGAGAAAAGGAAAAAAAAGAAAAGACAGAAACACUAAAAAAAAAGAAAACAAAAAACGAUCCAGAACUGUGUUCGUUCUGGUGCAUACAUUUUCGCAUCUGCCUGCAACAGGGGAUAGACACGAGGAUGAUAAAAACAGACAGCCUUUGAGAGGGGCAUGUGAAUAACAGACAGGAGGAGGAGCGAGUAACAAAGCACAGAGGUAAAGUAGAGUCAUUGAUGUUCAUUUCAGAUUUCAGCACACCAAAGUCUACCUCUGGUUGUAACAGGAGAAAAUGAUGUUCUCUGCCCGUAUUUUUUUUUUCUGCCUGUAGAAACCAGCAGUUUUGUUCACAAGUCUAACAGUGCCCAGAUCCUAGUAGGAAACUGAGGUAUCAUCUUAAAUCCAAUCCAUUACACAGAGUCAUUCCCACAAUGUUGUAGGAAGUACAUUGUGAUGCUAGUAACCAUCCAAAAAGUUAGUUUUAGGUACUGUGUGGUAGCAUGGUUAGCAUGGUACUGUCAUUAGCUGCACAACAGUUGGAACAUUCUACUCCUGUGAGUAACUUCAGUGUCAGCAAGGAAUCAAUAAGGAGGGACAACAGCAGCUUUGUGUGCUAUCAUCUUCGCCAAACAAAAAAAAAAAAAUGGAUUUGGUGUAUUUCUGGAACAUUCCGUUAAACAGAUAGGAGUCUUAACUAAGUGAAUGCCAUUGUACUGCAAGUCUGGAUGCAGUGGGUACUUGUUCAAUACUCUCUGGUGUGUGAUGGACAGAGAGAGAUAGCUGUGGCCUUCUGUGACUGGGACAGGGUAAUAUAUUAACAGGGUUGUGCUCACUGCCCAUGGAGGCUCUUUCACUUCACCAGUUAAUAAUCUCAGAGAAGGGGCCGUCGGAGCAGGAGUUACUUGCUUCAGUGGUGUCGGUCAUGCAUUUGGGUUAACUGAACUUCAAACAGCUCGGGCUAAUAAGAGCAUCCAAAGUCCUGGAGAGUGCUGAGAGUUCAGUCUUUUUCCCAGAGCUUGGGGAGACUGUGCAGGCAUGAGGACCGUGUGUACACACAGCGAACCUGAGUGUGUGCCUCGGCCAUUUCUCCAUGGCACUGUUUUGACAUGUUAUUGAUAAAUGGGAGUCCUCCAUAUUUGAUCCCAGCAAAUAAAAACUACAGAGCUAACCUUUUGUGCGGUAGUCUCACGAGACCUGACAAGAAAACUUGAAAGAGUAGAGGUCAUGGAAAGAAACACAGAACAGACAAGCCACCCCAAAUCCCCAAAGAUGAAGCAGGUCAGGAAAUAAACAUUGGCCGCUCGGACGUCUGUGUUGUGUCACACAGCAUGCUGCGCUAGCACGUUAGCUCCCUGAGGAUGACCUCCCUGUCCAUUCUAUGUGCCUCGUACUCCUUCACCAUCACUGAAACCCGGUGGGGCUGUCUACCUACCUAGCUGUAGAUUCUAGCCAAGAGACAUGCCAUUAAUCAUCCGGCUUGAAGCCUCGGGUCCUCCUUGUCCCAUUCUCAAAGUGUACUUAGCGGUUUGCUUUUUAUCGGAAUCGUCCUCUGCUCCUCCUCAUGUUAUUAUUGAGCCAGCAGUGCGGCUGCUAUAAUCAUGCCCUGUCUGGUACAGUUGCCAUAGUAACUAAGUUAUUACUAGUAGAACGUUUUUGAGAGGUGAGAGGUGGCGACGAGGCUGUACAGUGUGUAUGUUUGGUGUCCACAGCCUUUGUGGUGAACUUGUUCUUUUGUUUCGCAGUUAUUGAAAUCCCUGUAAUCCAUCAUACAGUACAUAUACGUUUUCUUUUUUUUUCAUUUUUUUUUUUUUUUUGUGCGGUUCUUAAGAGGGACCACAUCGUCCAUCUAAAAGAUGGUUCCUGUAUUACUUGGAAUGUUUUUAUUUUAUUUUCUUUUGCGCUUUUGUACUGCAAAAGAUUUCAACGUCCUGCAUGGGCUGCCUUGUAUACCAUGUAUACAUCCAUCUGGCUGUGCACAAAUAAGUCAUGUAAAUACCUUUUUAUGUCUUGUUAUUAUUUUUUUUUUGUUUACGCUGGCAUUUUGAAUGGUCUUGACUUCAAGGUAUUUAUUCCAAAUAAAAAAAAACAUUUAGAAA